AUGGAUGAAAGUGACCGCAGCGAAGUGUACUUGUGGACGUUCAAGCUGGUGGCGCCGUACGUGAUGGUUGGCUACCUGACGGGGCUCGUGAUGACACUCGCUUGGAACUGGUGGCAACUGGGACACUUGGACGUGGGCAUCAACCUGACCUUCGCGAUUCCGGUGCUCGUGGCCCUGGGACUCUUCUACAGUCGACCUGUAAGGUGCAUCCUGGCUCUGUCCGUUCCCUCGCUGUGCAGCUCGAGGGGCAGGGCAUUCCUUAUCAGCCUCGCCUUCGUCCUGGCCGCUUUGGGACCCACGGCCAACAUCCUGGCCAAUCUGCAGGUGAUGCUGCGCAGCCUGGCCUGCGGUCAGGAGGUGUUGCGCCAGGCGCUUGGCCAAAUGCUGGACGUGAUCAUGGAGCCGGUGAAUGCCAUCCAAUUGGCGGUGAAUCUCUUGCUGCACGAAGUGCGUCGCGUGCUCAAUUUGGCCAUGGUGGUGCUGCUGCGCCUCCAGCAGCAUCUGAUAGCCAUUAUUGAUACGCUUAAGAACUGCGCCGCCUGGCUGAAAUCUGUGGUGGAUUUGUGCAACGCAGAGAUGGGAACUCCUUGGUCGCGCUGCAAGAAGACGGCUCAUCAUGCAAUGGUCAGGUGCCAGGCCAAGAUGGGCAUAUUCAAGGCGCUCUGUCAGGCCACCAAGCUCUUCCUCGCCCUCUGCUACCCCGCCAAACUAAUUGAUGUGUUCUGCAGCGGCUACUGGGAUCUCAGCUGGGGCCUUCUGGACAAGAUCUUGGAGCGCUACCGCGAAUUUGUGCGGCACAUAGAGCAAAUGUUUGACGCCAAUAUCACCUUCGAGCACGAGUUUUACUUCGAUACCAACUCUUCUAAAAGUCUGGCCGAUGUGGGCGAGGAGAUACUGCAUGAUAUCAGCCAGCGAUUGUCGCCCUUCAUCUUUCUCAACGGCUUUGUGGACAUUCUCUGCUGGGUCAUGGUGGCCACGGUGUUUUUUAAAGCCAUCAUCUUCUACCUGCGCUACAUGUACAGCCGGCAGUUUCAGAAUGUUUUCCUGACCAAAGUCCUAGUUGUUAUCGACAAGCGGCACGAAAAGCAUGGCUAUGAUCCCUUGCUGCCGCUUCAAAGGCUGGAGAGGUCCAAGUACAUGAAGCUCACUAGCCUCCGUUUGACCCUCUUCGAGUUCGUUUCGAUCAUGGAGAACGCCUGCUUUAUGAUGACCACCUGCCUGCAGCUGUUCGCCAUUUGCUUCCUGGACUACGCGCUCUUUUGGCUGCUGGCCACGAUGUCCUUCCAUGGCCACCAGGAGGCUGGGCUCGAGGUGCCCGCCUACAUCGAUCUGGAGAUCAAGGGCGGUGGCUUUGUGGGCGAUGUUAUGCGGGGCAUUGCCAAUGCUUUUAGACCCCUCACGCAGAAAAGCAUCCUGGACACAAAUCCCUGCCUGCCGCUACCCGUUAAGCCCGACUAUACGAAAUAUGUGCUGAUUUUGUUACUCUGCCUGCUCUCCUGGAUGAUCCUGCUGGCCGAGCCGUAUGUUCUGCGCACUCGCCAUCUCAUCAUGGCCUUCUUUUACCCGGAACGAGCCAAGGAAAGGGCCCUCUUCCUAUACAACAGUAUUGCCGAUGAUCGAACAAGCCUCUUUAAGUUUGCCCGUCGCAGGAAGCGAAAUGAAUUCAACCACAGGCGAAAUGUGGAGCACCUCAAUUGGCUGAGCAAUAUAUUUUAUUGGAUUAUGGGCUGGUGCUGCUGCUGCUGCUCCCGCUGGCAGAACAAGGAGAGGUGCACCAUUUGCGCUCGUUCGUUGACAAUUUCCACUCGUAAUCCCUGCGACACUCCAGGCUGCAAGGGGGUUUACUGCGAAGAAUGCUUUGAGAAGUCGCACAAGAAGUGCUGUCUGUGCAAUAGACCCUUGGAAUAUGGGGAUUUCUCUGACGUUUCCGAAGUAAACGAUUCUUCGGAGGAUUCCGAACAGGAGACAUUCGGUGAGAAGCGCUACAGGGAGAUCUGCGGCAGAAACAGGAAGGAACGGCAGAAGAAUGACAACAAACCGUAG